AUGCCAGCGCAAAGUUCAACGGAAGAAAGUCAAUUGAACGUGCAAGGGUACAACAUUGUCACUAUCCUCAAGAGAUUGGAAGCUGCCACUUCGCGCUUGGAAGAUAUUACCAUCUUCCAAGAAGAAGCCAGCAAGGCGCAAAAGAAGGCCACUAGCGAACCUAGUGAGACGGGUACUAUUGCCGCUGCGCUCGUAAACGGUUCUGCUAUUCCUUCUCCAGAGAAACAGGAAACCGCUGUCGAAGCAGCUCCAGUGGCGAAGUUCGUCACUGAGUUUGAGCUGUUCAUUGCAGAAAAUAUUGAUCCGUUCGUUGCCGCCUCGAAGCAGAUUGACAGUAUUGUGGGCGAUGCAGCUGAAAUUUUCCGUGAUGCUUUUGCUGAGCAGGCUAAGUUCUUGGCACUUGUUGCUCAAACAAAGAAGCCGGAUCCAUCUGAUACACAAAUCAUGGAGUGCUUAGGACCAAUCAACAAGAAGAUCGAAGAACUCACUGCGCUCAAAGACGCCAAUCGUCGUUCAGAUUUCUUCAACCAUUUGAACACUGUUGCUGAAGGUGCUCCGGUUCUUGGUUGGGUGGUCACCGAUACGCCAACGUCUUUCAUUCCGGAGUUUAAGGAUAGCGCCCAGUUCUGGGCCAACAGAAUCAUGAAGGAGUAUAAGGAUAAGGAACCAAAGCAUGUGGAGUGGGUUCAGGCAUUUUUAGCUAUUUUCGAUCAAUUGCGUGCUUACGUCAAGGAGUACCAUUUCAAGGGCCCAUCUUGGAAUGCCAACGGCAAGACUUUGAGCGAGUCUUUGUCCGCCGUAAAAGAUGGUGCAGCCCCAUCUGGCGCAGGCGCCUCAGCUCCUCCUCCGCCUCCUCCACCUCCUGCUCCACCUGCCAACUUAUUUGAAGAGUCUUCAACCCCAGGCGGAAUGAAUGCCGUCUUUGCGGAUUUGAACAAGGGCGAGAAAAUCACAUCUGGUCUUAAGAAGGUGGACAAGUCGCAAAUGACACACAAGAAUCCAGAAUUGCGGAAGCUGGCUGUGGUUUCCAAGAAGCCUACACCUCCGAAGAAGCCUACUACCUUGUCAACUGCUAUCCCAAAGAAAAAGCCUACACGUAAGGAAUUGGUUGAUGGCAGCAAGUGGAUGAUUGAGAACUUUACUUCAGCUGAUGUGUCAGGACCCAUUGUUAUAGAUACGGAGAUGUCGCAGUCUGUUUUCAUUGGUAACACCAGCGAUGUCACUAUUCAAAUUACGGGUAAAGGAAAUGCAGUUACCAUUACUUCCACCAGAAACACUGCAGUGGUAAUUGAGUCUUUGAUCUCAGGCGUCGAUGUCAUCAAGUCGCAGAAAUUUGGAAUACAGAUUACAGGUGUUGUGCCACUUGUUACUGUUGACAAGUCGGACGAAGGUAGCAUCUACUUGUCCCAGAAGAGCAUUGAUGAGGACCUGCUGGUAGUGACAUCAAAUUCGACCGCCAUCAACAUCAACGUGCCUGAAAACGAUGAUUUCACGGAAUUGUCUGUUCCCGAGCAAUUGAAACACUCUAUUAAGGAUGGCAAGUUGGUGAGUGAGGUCAUUGAACACGUCGGUUAA